AAAAUUCAUGAUCAGAGUUCAAGGUUAUUGUUAUUGAAGUUUGGCUCUUAUCGUUCACAUUUAUUACAUCAUCACCGCUGCUACAACAUUAAUUCGUUGACGCAGACGUGCACGUUCGAUUCACUUAUUUUGUGGCAGUGAUCCAGUGCGCACGAACAUGUCGACAGCCGGGAAAGUUAUCAAAUGUCAAGCUGCCGUCGCAUGGGAGGCCGGCAAGCCGCUGUCGAUCGAAGAGAUCGAAGUGGACCCACCUAAAGCCGGCGAAGUGCGCGUCAAGAUCAUCGCGACUGGAGUGUGCCACACAGAUGCGUACACGCUCUCCGGCAAGGACCCCGAGGGCGUGUUCCCCGUGGUGCUGGGGCACGAGGGCGGCGGCAUCGUCGAGAGCGUCGGCGAGGGCGUCACCUCCGUCAAGCCCGGAGACCACGUCGUGCCCCUGUACGUGCCGCAGUGCAACACAUGUAAGUUCUGCCUGAACCCCAAGACUAACCUCUGCCAGAAGGUGCGCAUCACACAAGGCCAGGGCGUCAUGCCCGACGGCACGCGCCGCUUCCGCUGCAAGGGACAGGAACUCUACCACUUCAUGGGAUGCUCUACAUUCAGUGAAUACACAGUUGUUCUAGAAAUAUCUCUGUGUAAAGUAAAUGAUGCAGCAGCAUUAGACAAAGUUUGCCUGCUGGGUUGUGGAGUACCCACUGGCUACGGAGCUGCCCUCAACACUGCCAAGGUGGAGCCAGGAUCAAACUGUGCUAUCUUUGGUCUGGGAGCAGUUGGUCUAGCUGUUGCACUGGGAUGUAAGGCUGCUGGAGCCAAACGCAUCAUUGGAGUGGACAUCAACCCUGACAAGUUUGAAGUGGCCAAGAAGUUUGGAGUCAAUGAGUUUGUGAACCCCAAGGAUUAUGACAAACCUAUUCAGCAGGUCCUUGUUGACUUGACUGAUGGAGGUCUAGAUUACACUUUUGAAUGCAUUGGUAACAUUAACACGAUGAGAGCUGCUCUAGAAGCAUGCCACAAGGGUUGGGGUGUCUCAGUCAUUAUUGGUGUAGCUGCUGCAGGUGAAGAGAUCAGUACUCGCCCAUUCCAGCUUGUCACUGGUCGCACCUGGAAGGGAACAGCUUUCGGAGGCUACAAGAGCCGUGAGAGUGUGCCUAAACUUGUAGAUGAGUACUUGGCAAACAAACUUCCCCUGGAUGCAUUUGUCACCCACACGGUGCCCCUGAAGGAGAUCAAUGAGGCUUUCCACCUGAUGCAUGUAGGCAAAUCUAUCCGUGCUGUUGUACAGUUGUAAUUUUAAGGAAAACUAUAUAUUUUUAUAAGCAUUUAUGUUAUUGUCAUUGUUAUACUGCAUUUUACGAGAAGUGAUAAACAUGUGAAACAUGUUCCCCAAUAUUUAUGUGAAAAUAAACAGAGUUCAAACAAA